AUGUCUUCUGAGCAGACAUUCCCUGAAUCCGACCUUCGCAGCGCUGCUCAGGACUACAAGCGCGAUGCAGACCAGAAAGCCAAGUGGGGCAUGGGCGCCGCCUUCACAAAGGGCCAUGGCGACAAUCCCAUACCCGUGAAGAGAUCAAAGACCGGUCUCUUCUGCCCUGUCUACGUCCCCACCAAAGCAAAGAUCGCUCGCAAGCAAGAUAUGCUCGCCGCCGCCGAUGAGUACGCCGUCAGCUCCGAAGAUAGCAGCAGUGCCUCGGGUGAUGAAACUGUCACCCCAUCCGAGAUCCUCUACGGCUUUGACUCUCCUCGCGUCCCUUCGCACGGUAGCCAGAUCCUGAACACCGCGCUCGCGAAGGCCAUCGAGCAAUACGAAGACAAGGAAACCAUCAAGCUUGUGCGCAACGAGUACGAGAUCCUCGAUGCUGACGAAGAGGAGGCUCACAACCUUGGCCAUGUCUCUGUUAAGCCCAAGCUCAUGGACGCUGAAGACGCAGAAUACGAGUUUGUCUGA